ACACAGGCUGGUCGUGUCCCUCUGUGAGCCUGAAUUCUGUGGAGACAAUUACAAUAAGCAACCUUUCUCUUCGUCUCUCUUUGGAAAUUUGCACAUGCAUUGCUAAAUGGCGGAGGAAGUUUUAAACGAGCCAGAUGGAAAACUUAGAGGGCAUUUAACCUCAACCCUGCUAGCAGCAGCAUUGCUCUCAUCUUUUGGCAGCUCUAUGCUCUAUGGCUAUAACCUAGCUGUAGUCAAUUCUCCUGCUCAGUACAUAAAGGACUUUUAUAACCGCACUGCAGUGAGGCGUAAUGGGCGUGGUCUGAGCAACGACAGCAUCACAGCGCUUUACUCCAUUACCGUGUCCAUUUUCGCCAUUGGUGGACUGGUAGGCUCCCUCACUGUGGGAAUGCUAGUCACCAAAUUCGGAAGAAGAGGGACACUGGUGAAGAGCACAUUUCUGGUGUUUGUAUCUGGUGGACUCAUGGGCUUUAGCAGGCAUAUCGGUGUUCCUGAGAUGAUCAUCAUCGGUCGCUUCAUCACAGGAAUACAUUCAGGGAUUUCUCUUAGUGUAGUGCCCAUGUUCCUGGGAGAAAUCGCUCCAAAGAACCUCCGUGGUUUCCUGGUCCUUGUGCCUAGCAUCUUCAUCUGUAUUGGAGUUUUCAUUGCUCAAAUUCUGGGACUUCAUGAAUUCCUGGGAAAGGAAGAGCACUGGCCUCUUUUCCUCUCUCUGGUCGUGGUUCCAACCAUUAUUCAACUAAUGUUAUUGCCAUGGCUUCCUGAGAGUCCUCGUUACUUGUUGAUUGAGAAACACAACAUUCACGCUACUCUCAAGGCUCUGAGGUGGUAUAGAGCAAAAGCUAAUAUCCAGGCAGAGGUGGAGGAGAUGCAGAAGGAGCAGCGCUCACUCUCUUCAGUGAGGACUGUCUCAGUGUAUGAACUGCUAAAAGACAGAGCCGUCCGCUGGCAGGUCAUAUCAGUCAUGGUCAUCAACAUGGGCAUGCAGCUGUCUGGCAUUGAUGCAAUUUGGUUCUAUACAAAUUCCAUCUUCGAGAAUGCGGGAAUCUCUGUCUCACAGGUUCAGUACACAACAGUGGGCACAGGUGCCAUUGAGGUCAUUGCUGGACUCAUUGGAUGUUUUACUAUUGAGCGAGUAGGUCGCAGGCCUCUGAUGAUUGGUGGAUUCAGCUUUAUGGGCAUUUGUUGUGCAGGCAUCACCCUUUCUCUUGUUCUGCAGGUUCAUGUGCCCUUCAUGCACUAUGUCAGCGUGACCUGCGUGGUGGGCAUCAUUGCAGGAUUCUGCAUUGGGCCUGCUGGAGUGCCCUUCCUUAUGACAGGUGAGCUGUUUAAGCAGUCUCACCGACCCUCGGCAUACAUCGUUGGGGGCGCGCUCAACUGGUUAUCUAACUUCACUGUCGGAUUUGUCUUCCCAUUCUUACAGAUGUCAGCAGGGGCUUUCUCUUACCUGGUAUUCUUUGGCAUUUGUAUGGGCGUGGCAGCCUACAUCUACUUCAUCAUCCCUGAGACAAAGAACAAGACAUUUGUGGAGAUCAGCCAGAUGUUCGCUUCUAGGAACAACUGUGAGCUUGAAGGUGAACAGCUGUUCAUCACUGAGCAUCUUGGCCUCAGGAUGCACAACAGAUAUGGAGCAGUGGAGAAAAAAGGAAAAGAGGAGAUGUACAUGUGGAGUGAUGACGAAUCCGAUGAGACCCCUCAUACUACAUUAUACCAUAACAACAACUAGGACCUGGCAUAUUCCUCAAGAACUUUGAUUGGAUUGUGAAUCUGAGAAGAUACAGAUCAACCCAAUAGCCUCAAGACAUCGGAGAUAGAUUUACCUGGAUAUAUGUAAUUAUUCAAUGCUUAUCUGCCAUUCUUAAUAUUAGUUCACUAAAAUAUAAGGUUGUCUGACCAACAAAAUAAAUAAGAAAAAUUCUGUUUAAAACCAGGCAUAUCGAUUAAUAUUAGAGGUCGACCGAUUGAUCAGUUUUGCUGAUUAAUCAGCACCAAUAAUAAUAAUAAUAAUAAUAAUAAUAAUAAUAAUAAUAAUAAUAAUAAUAAUAAUAAUAAUAUCAAUAAUAAUAAUAAUAAUCCACACUGAUAGUUUUUCCCAGUUGCAUCUGUUACACUGACAAGUGUUUUUUUUUUUUUCAUUCAUUUUGGAUGUCUCUAUUUUUUAUUUGGUAUUUGGAGUGUUACCUUUUGGUUCAGUUUGGAUGUACAUCUUUUACUUUAAUAUUUAUUCAUAGUUUAUAUAUUAAUAUUUAUAUAUGUAUUUUGUUUGUAUGUUUUUAAAUACAGUACAUUUUAAAUACUGGUACAGUUAGUACUGUUUAUUUUUGUAAUAAAGUUCAGCAAUAUUUUACUUUGUUAUGUUACUGUUGAUUACUGAUACUAUCAGUUGAUUAAUCGGUUAUCGGCAGGUACUGCCCAACUUAGUUAUCGGUAUCGGUAAAAUCCACUAUCGGUCGACCUCUAAUUAAUACUUAAUUAGCUAUAGUUCCACGACCAUUUUCACAAUUAUGGUGCUCUGGCAAGCUCACGGUGGUUUAGUGGUUACCACGUCGCCUCACACCUCCAGGGUUGGGGGUUCGAUUCCCGCUGCGGCUCUGUGUGUGCGGAGUUUGCAUGUUCUCCCCGUGCUGUGGGGGUUUCCUAUGGGUACUAUGGUUUCCUCCCCCAGUCCAAAGACAUGCAUGGUAGGCUGAUUGGCAUGACCAAAUUGUCCAUAGUGUAUGAAUGGGUGUGUGAAUAUGCAUGUGAUUGUGUGCCCUGCGAUGGGUUUGCACCCCAUCCAGGGUGUACCUCAUCUUGUGCCCGAUGCUCCCUGGGAUAGACUCCAGGUUCCCCUGCGACCCUGUAGGAUAAGUGGUAUAGAAGAUGGAUGGAUGGUACUCUGGCUUAGCUGUGCAUUAACCUGAAAUAGUCUCAUAUAGUGGUUCAUAUUCAGUAGCUUCCUCACAGUACGGCAGUUUGUAGCGUUCAGACUGUAUGUAUUAUGAACAGGUGUUAAUAUUAGGUUGUUUUUAGAAAAAAACUUAACUAUGAUACACAGUAAAUAGGCUAUAUGUCUGUAUUGAAAUAUUUAUGAUGUGUUUAGUGAUUCUGGUGCUUGUUGGUUGGUACUGUAUUUUAUUAUUUCAUUUGUGAGAAGUUCGUGGGACAUUACUAGUGAAGUUAAAGUGUUGUGAAAUAGGAGUAAAAAAUUCAGUGGUCAGGUUUCACUUUUAGCUCCUAAAAAGAAAAGAGAAAGCGCUUAUUUUCUCACUCACUAUUUCCCAAUGACUAAAGCACUGUUGUAUCCCUCUUUUUAUUUAUGGGAUAAAUCCCACUGGCACCACUUUUAGGAGGUCUACACAUCUAGCACAACAAACUUUUUAUAGACUUGAAACAAUGUAUAUUCAGGAUAUAUAAAGUAUGUCCACCAAUGCGUUUGCUUUUUUUAAGGGCAAUGCUUUACAUUAAGAUACCCUAAACUAACAUUAUUUACAGCAUUACUUAAUGUGAACAAACCACGAAUGUCAACAUUAUUAAACCAUAAGUAAUAUAAUACAUGUAUUAAUUGACAUUAGUUUAAAUGUUAACUAAAUACACCUGCAUUUACUAAUGUUUAUUCACUCCAUGACCACAAGUCCACAUAGAUAAGCAAAAAUGUAAUUAAAGCAAUACUUAAUUUUGAUAACUUACUGAAUUCUGGCCUCCAGGUACAAAUAUUACAACUUGCUUUUCAGCCUCAGUACUGAAAUCAAUUAAUAGUGUUAGUCACUUUUAAUUGUUAGUUACCUUGAUAAUUUUACUGAUGAUAUACUAAUACUGAUAUAAUUAUUACGUAUCACGUUAACAAAUAUGUUAAAUAAUCAGUUUUAAAGGGAACCUUAUUGCACAGUGUUACCUUUUUAACUAUAUAAAAUAUUUCUCUUAUUUACUGAAAGAAUUAGGGAUGUUAAUGAGUCAAUGAAAAAAGUUGCUUUUGUUGCUGAACUAACACAUAAUAACUUUUUACAGUCCUCUCCGAAACUAUGGCAAUGGCAAGGCCGAUUCAAUUGUUUUUGCUGUAGACUGAAGCUAUUUGAGUUUGAGAUCAAAAGAUUGUAAAACUUGUAAAAUGUAAUUUUUUAAGUUGAAACCAAUGUAGAGUAUUCUUAGACACUAACCUAUUUGUACUAGCAUGAGGAUUUGUUUUUGACAGAGACUACAAAGCAUGUUUGUUGCUUUGGAAAGGAGCCUCUGCUAAAUGCUAUAAAUGUAAAAUGUAAAUGUGUGUUAGGAGUGUACUCGGGUUAUCAUCGGAAUGAAAUACACAAUGCUGCAAUAAGACAAAUGCUGUGAGAACUGAAUAUUCAGAAUGUUAAAAAAAAAAAAAAUUAUAGAAACCCAUCUUGUUUUAAAUGAUUCUUGAAGUGAAAUGUGUGUAAAACUGUGUAUAAAAUUCAUUCAAUACUGUACAUGUGUAGAUUGGUACUGUAAAGCCUGAAAUGUAUUGUAUUUUAAAUACACUUAUAAAUGUAAUAUUGGUU